UACCGUUUACAGGUAACGGUGUCACUCACCUGGAUCACCUUUACCUGCGGGGACACGGCUGGUUUCACAUGUUUACCUCAGGAUACAUGUGUUUAUGUUGUGAUAACUCUUUCAUUUGAGUUAAUGAGUGUUUAAAAACAGAAAAAAACGACCCAGAGUGUGUUUUAUUGGUUUAUUUGUAUAUUUCUGGGGGUCGUCCUGAUGGAGGAGCCGGUUGUGGGCGGUUUGGGCCGGUGCUCGUGCGCCUUCUGGCUGGCUGUGGCGUUUGACGCGUGCGGCCUCGUCGUGCUUCUGGUUGGAGUUUUCGCCGACAUCUUCUUCUACGACUUUCUCAUCUACGCGGGCGCCAUCGUCAUCUUCCUCAGCCUGAUUUGGUGGGUUUUCUGGUACACGGGGAACAUCGAGGUGCCUCCGGAGGAGCUCGAGGACGACGUGGGCCUGCUGAAGAAGAAAGAAAAAGGCCUCGUCGGCGUCCUGAGAAGGUUUUCGAGCCGAGUCAGGAACUCGGUGAGGAGAAACGGAACCGCCAUGUCGGCUCAGACCUCACGGAGCCAACAUGGCGGCCGGGGGACUGUAGCAGUCAACCUGUCCAUGACCCCUCCACAACAACAACAACAGCAACAACAACAACAACUGAGCACUGUUUCAGCCGCUGUGGCUACAGAAACUUCACCCAUAUGAGCCUGUUUUUCUCAUCACAGCGACCUGAAGAGGAAAAAAUUCAAAAUGGACCUGAAGUCACAGCUACUGUACAUUUUCUGUUCAGUUUAUUUUGUUAAUUUGUUUACAGAUGAUGUGUAAACUUGUAUUACUGAUUAGUAAUUAUUGUAUUAAAGUCUCUGAGAUUUUUUUUAUUAUUACGAUUAUAAUAUUUUUGUCUAAUGUUCUGCUCUGAUUUAGUCACUGCCAGUUCCCACGCCAUUGUUCAGGUCUCCCUGUUUCACAGCAGGGACCGUUUGUCUUUCUUGGGCAUUAUAAUGUUAAUCAUGAAUGUGUGUGUGUGACUGAUGUCUUCAAACACACUGUCGUGGUCUUAGAAAGCAGACUGAAGAAUAAACAGCUGUAUUUUUGUAA